GAGUUCGGGCUGGGGCCUCCGUGGGGCCUCGGCGCGGCGGCGGGCGCGGCCCGUGCGGCGCCGCCGUGGCACCUGCCCGGCGGGGCGGCCGAGGCGCCCUGCUUGCAGCGGCGAGCGGCGCGACGGAGCGGGAGGAAACUGGUUCGCGAGCUGGAGCUGCAGCCCCUCGGCGAACCGCUGCCGCUUGCGACGCGGCCGCCCAGCGCCCUGGUCUUCUUCGGACCGGCGGCGGCGUCGCCGACCCGGUACGUGUUCGGGGUGUGUUUGUCUUGUCCCUCAG